AUGCAGGAUAUUUUUAGUAAAAUUGAGUGGCGGAAAACAUGGAAACUCGGAUCAAGCCACGACGCCCCGGAACUCACGGAAAGAUCAAUCCUUGUUGCAGUUAUGGGCAUGACGGGAGCAGGAAAGACAACCUUUAUCAACAAGGUCACUGGUGCGAAUAUGGAGAUUGGACAUGGCUUGAAGUCUUGCACAAAAGAACCCGAGAUAUCGAGUAUUCGAAUUAACGGACAGGACCUACAUCUCAUCGACACACCCGGUUUCGAUGACACCGAAAUGAAAGACUCGGACAUUCUCCUUCAGAUUGCCGAGUAUCUUAACACGGAUGUUCGUCUCUCGGGCAUCUUAUAUCUCCACCCCAUCACCACGCGCCGCGUGGGUGGAGCGGCCACACGAAACUUGUAG